AGGGAGUUGAGACAAUUUCGGAAUUACCCCUCCGAUCUGGCACUCACUGGCGUGUUCAAAUCCCGAAUUCCAUUUGGAACACUCUUUUUUUUGCUUUCUGCCUCUUCUUCUCUUGCGCUGUUUCUCAACACUUUGGGUUGCGUCUCCCAGAGACAGAGGGACCUUCUCCUCCUCCUUCUUCUUCUCCUUCUUCUCUCGUCCAUGGACCUUCACAACCGACCGGAUCACUGUUUUCCGGAGAAGAAAGGUCAGAAGAGGAAGUUGGAGGAGGAUUUCGAAGACGACCGACAGAUCUCCGCCCCUCCCACCGGCCACGCGAGAGACGCCCUCCUUUCCGACGUCAAGGAACAGGUCAUCGUUCUUGAUUCAACCUUCUCAUGGAAGGAAUCCGAUCGUGCUGCCGCCAAGCGCGCCACGCACGCCCUUGCCGAUCUCGCCAAAAACGAGGAAGUGGUGAACGUGAUUGUUGAAGGAGGCGCAAUUCCUGCUCUGGUUAAACAUCUUCAAGCGCCUCCUCUGACUGGAAGCGACCGGUUGCAGAGGCCAAUGCCGUUUGAGCACGAGGUCGAGAAAGGAAGUGCUUUCGCGCUUGGACUUCUCGCAGUCAAGCCGGAGCACCAGCAGCUCAUCGUUGACAGCGGUGCUUUGAAACAUCUCGUUGAUCUUUUGAAGAGACAUGAAAAUGGCUUAACAUCUCGUGCCAUUAAUAGUCUAAUUCGUAGGGCUGCAGACGCGAUUACUAAUCUUGCGCACGAGAAUAGUAGUAUUAAGACUCGUGUCAGGAUGGAAGGUGGGAUUCCACCGCUCGUUCAUUUACUUGAAUUUGCGGAUACAAAGGUGCAAAGAGCAGCUGCUGGUGCAUUGCGAACCCUUGCUUUCAAAAAUGAUGAAAAUAAAAAUCAGAUUGUUGAAUGCAAUGCCCUUCCAACUCUGAUUCUAAUGCUUCGUUCAGAAGAUGCUGCUAUUCAUUAUGAAGCGGUUGGUGUGAUUGGAAAUCUGGUCCACUCUUCUCCUAACAUAAAGAAAGAAGUUAUUCUUGCUGGAGCCCUACAACCGGUCAUCGGAUUACUUAGCUCCUGUUGCUCUGAAAGCCAGAGGGAAGCAGCCUUGUUACUUGGACAGUUUGCAGCAACUGAUUCAGACAGCAAGGUUCACAUUGUUCAGAGGGGUGCUGUCGGACCUCUGAUAGACAUGCUUCAGUCUCCUGAUGUUCAGCUAAAAGAAAUGUCUGCUUUUGCAUUGGGGAGAUUGGCCCAGGACACACAUAACCAAGCUGGUAUUGCACACAAUGGUGGCUUGAUUCCAUUACUGAAGCUUCUUGACUCAAAAAAUGGGUCUUUGCAACAUAAUGCUGCUUUUGCUCUUUACGGCCUUGCAGAUAAUGAGGAUAAUGUGGCCGAUUUUAUUAGGGUAGGUGGAAUUCAGAGACUUCAGGAUGGAGAGUUUAUUGUUCAAGCAACUAAGGAUUGUGUUGCAAAGACAUUAAAAAGAUUAGAAGAGAAGAUUCAUGGGCGAGUGCUGAACCAUUUGUUAUAUCUCAUGCGAGUCUCAGAGAAGGCUUUUCAAAGAAGAGUUGCUUUGGCUCUUGCUCACCUUUGUUCUGCAGAUGAUCAGAGAAAAAUAUUUAUUGAUCACCAUGGUUUGGAAUUGCUUAUGGGGCUUCUUGGCUCGUAUUAUAAUCCUAAGCAACAACUUGAUGGAGCUGUGGCUUUAUGCAAGUUGGCCAAUAAAGCCACGACUCUGUCUCCUGUGGAUGCUGCACCCCCAUCUCCCACACCCCAGGUCUAUUUGGGAGAGCAGUAUGUAAACAAUGCUACCUUGUCUGACGUUACAUUUCUAGUUGAAGGCAAACGAUUUUAUGCUCACAGAAUUUGUCUGCUUGCAUCUUCAGACGCAUUUCGUGCUAUGUUUGAUGGAGGUUAUAGGGAGAAGGAGGCAAGGGACAUAGAGAUUCCAAACAUUAGAUGGGAGGUUUUUGAGUUGAUGAUGAGAUUUAUAUACACGGGAUCAGUUGAGAUCACGCUUGACAUUGCCCAAGAUCUCCUCCGAGCAGCUGAUCAAUAUCUUUUAGAAGGACUCAAGAGACUCUGUGAGUACACGAUUGCGCAGGAUAUAUCACUUGAGAGCGUAUCAAGUAUGUAUGAACUUUCUGAAGCAUUUAAUGCUAUAUCGUUGAGGCACACAUGCAUCCUUUUUAUCUUGGAACACUUUGAUAAAUUGAGUGUAAAGCCAGGACACUCCCAUCUAAUUCAGCGUAUAAUACCUGAGAUCCAGAAUUACUUUGUUAAGGCCCUUACAAAGGCCAAUUCCAACAAUCAACCGUAGCAUUUCCUGUUCUAUUUGACAUCUAACCAGUUGCAAUGUACAUAAUGCGGUCGUUGUUAAUUGAACCUGAAGUCUCCUGGAUUGAGUGCCGCAUGGCUUAAAAAUUCUAACAUCAGGUCUACGUUCUUUUCUGAUGCAGUGUAAGUCCCUUCUAGGCUUUAGUUGUAACGUCAUUCUCGUAGAUGUAGCAAAUGACCUUCACGAACAUUGUUUUUUUCUUGCGCAAUAUUGUGAUGGUUAUGAAUUGAUAGUGUUCUCUUUCUCAAUUGAUUUGGCAUUAUAAUUGUUGUGUUUCUGAGAGUAGUAUAGGUUGCUCAAGUACCUCAUGUAUAUAUGACAAUUGGAUAUUUGUCUGUAAUGUGGCAAAUACAAGUAGUUUUAAAUUAAUUGCAAAAUGCAAAUUCGUCA